AUGAAAUUCUCAAAUCUCGCCGUUGCCGGCGCUUUUCUCGCCAGCACUGCCCUCGCCAGUGUCGACGAGAUCGUCAUCAAGGGAAGCAAGUUCUUUUACAAGACGAAUGGCACUCAGUUCUAUAUUCGAGGUGUCGCCUAUCAAGAGCCCGCCACCAGCACCGACAGCUUCAUCGAUCCCCUCGCCAACUUGAGCUCGUGCGCGCGUGAUAUUCCCUACUUGACUGCCAUCCGCACAAACACCAUCCGUGUCUACGGUGUCGACCCUACCAACGACCACUCCGAUUGUGUCAACGCAUUCGCCGACGCCGACAUCUACAUGAUCAUCGAUCUUGGUUCCCCCACUGACUCUAUCAACCGUGCUGAUCCCUCUUGGGAGCUUCCUCUCUACCAACGCUACACUGCUGUUAUUGACGCUUUCGCCAACUACACCAACGUCAUCGGUUUCUUCGCCGGAAACGAAGUCACCAACAACGAUUCUUAUACCGAAGCCAGCGCUUUCGUCAAGGCUGCUGUCCGUGAUUCCAAGGCGUACAUCAAGCAGAAGGGCUACAACAAGGGUGUUGGAUACGCCACUGCUGACGCUGCCGAUAUCCGUACUCAAGUCGCUGACUACUUCAACUGCAACUCCGCUGACGAGUCUGUUGACUUUUACGGUGACAAUGUCUACGAAUGGUGCGGAAAUUCUUCAUUCACCGAGUCUGGCUACGAUCAAAUCGUCAAGAACUUCUCCAGCUACUCCGUCCCUUACUUCUUUGCCGAAUAUGGUUGCAACACUGUAAAACCUCGUACUUUUACCAACAUUGAUACCAUGUACGGUUCUGAAAUGAACGAUAUGCUGAACGGUGGUUUCGUCUACGAAUACUUCGACGAGGCUAACGACUAUGGUUUGGUUUCUCUUGUUGGCUCUUCAAUCAGCACCAAAUCCGACUACAGCGCCUUCUCGACUGAGAUUGUCUCGGCUACUCCUACUGGUGUCAACAGUGCUUCUUACACUGUCACCAACACUGCGCUUCAGGCUUGCCCCACCGUCGACUCCCUCUGGAAGGCUAGCUCCACCCUCCCCCCUACUCCUGAUGAAGAUCUCUGCAACUGCAUGUCCAAAUCCCUUACCUGUGUCGUUUCUUCCAGCGUCUCUUCCUCGAAGUACGGUGAUCUCUUCGACUUGAUCUACGGCUUUGGUGUCUCCGACUACGUCUCUGGUAUUUCUACCAAUGCCACCAGCGGAGAGUACGGUGCUUACAGUAUGUGCGAGCUCAAGGACCAGCUCUCCUGGGCCUUGAACGCCUAUUACAGUGUCCAGUCUGCUAAGGGCAACGGUGCCAAUGCCUGUGACUUCAGCAGCUCUGCCACUACCCAAUCCGCCACUACCUCCGGCAGUGCCUGCUCUACCAAGUUGGCUGCCGUUGGUACCGCUGGUACUGGCACUGCCUCAGGAUCUACCGCCACCGGCACUGGUAGCUCUUCCUCUUCUUCUGGUGCUGCCUUCCCUGGUGCCUCCCCCAGCGCCGUCUUUGUCGGCUCUUGGCAGUUGAGCGCCUACAUCCUCACCGCUGUUCUCAGCGGUGGUGCCAUGCUCUUCCUGUAA